AUGGCGGUGGAAGACGAUGUAACUUCGAUGAGGACGACGACGUUAGUGGCUCCAACAAGACCUACGAUUACACUUCCUCAGAGACCACCUGCGAUCGAAACGGCGGCGUACUUCUUCGGCAGUGGGGAUGUUCUUAAUCUUAGCCCAGGCCCACUUUCUUUUGUCUCGUCUUUGUUCGUUGAUAACUUCCCUGACGUCUUGACGCCAGAUAAUCAAAGGACGACGUCAUUUUCUCAGCUUCUCGCCGGAGCUAUGUCGGUAUCUCCCGGCGGCGUCGGAGGACGCUCUACGGCGGGUAUGUUCGCCGGAGGUGGUCCGAUGUUUACAAUCCCUUCUGGUAUCAGCCCUUCUAGUCUUCUCACCUCUCCCAUGUUCUUUCCUCCUCAGCAAUCACCAGCUCAGACCAGCUUUGUUCAACCGCAACGACCGGACACAUUUCCUCACCAUAUGCCGCCAUCGACAUCCACCGCCGUCCAUGGCCGUCAAUCUUUCCAAGUUUCGCAAGCCGAUCAAAGAGCUAGAAACCAUUAUAAUAAUCCGGGGAAUCAUAACCGGUCGUAUAAUGUGGUGAACGUUGAUAAACCGGCGGAUGACGGUUAUAACUGGAGGAAGUACGGACAAAAGCCGAUCAAAGGGUGUGAAUACCCGAGGAGUUAUUACAAAUGCACGCAUGUUAAUUGUCCGGUUAAGAAGAAAGUUGAACGGUCGUCGGAUGGACAGAUCACUCAGAUAAUUUACAAAGGUCAACAUGAUCACGAAAGGCCUCAGAACCGCCGCGGUGGUGGUGGAGGCAGAGAUUCCGGCGACAUUGGUGAUGUUCAUUACGUUGGUGGUGCAGGGCAUAUGAUGGAAUCUAGUGAUGAUAGUGGUUAUGGUAAGGAUCAUGAUGAUGACGAUGAUGAUGAAGAUCUUCCGGCUUCAAAGAUGAGAAGAAUCGAUGGUGUGUCGACGACUCACCGGACAGUGACCGAGCCAAAGAUUAUCGUUCAGACAAGAAGUGAAGUCGAUCUUCUCGACGAUGGCUAUAGGUGGCGCAAGUACGGACAAAAAGUUGUCAAAGGAAAUCCUCAUCCGAGGAGCUACUAUAAAUGUACAACGGCAAAUUGUACGGUUCGAAAACAUGUAGAGAGAGCUUCAACAGAUGCUAAGGCUGUGAUUACGACUUACGAAGGUAAACACAAUCACGACGUCCCGGCCGCUAGAAACGGUAACGCUGCCGCAACCGCAGCUGCAGCGGGGACGUCGGACCACCAUCGUAUGAGACCAAUGUCGGGGAACAAUAUGCAACAACAUAUGAGCUUCGGUAAUAACAAUAACAAUACAGGCCAAUCUCCGGUUCUUUUGAGAUUGAAAGAAGAGAAAAUCACUACUAAUUAA